AUGAAGUUCUUCAUCUGCACUUUGGCUUUGCUGGGCGUAGCUCAGGCGGGUUUGCUGCCGCAUCUGGAGCACGAUCUUCAUCACGAGGAGCUGCCACACUUUGUGGACGGCGACGUUCAUCAUUCGGAUGGUAUACAUCUGGGCCAUAGCUCCGCUAUAGUGAUCGAUGGCGGCGAUCACCAUGUGGACCCAGUGCCACAUCCUGUCUACCAUCACGAUGGCUAUUCUGCCCAUUUGGAUCACGAUGUGCACCAUGCCCAUGUUCAUGCUCCGGCCAAGAUCGUCAGCCACGAGCCCAUCCAUGAAGUGGAGCCAGUUCAUCAUGUUCACAAAGUGGUGCACGAUGAGCCACACCAUUUCCUGCACUACAGGAAUCCCGUGGUCGAUCAUCACAUUAUCCACAACAACCAUGCCCACAUCGAUACGCACGCACAUGCCCACGCUGACCUUCACCACUAUGCCCACCACUCAGCUCCGUUGGUGCACCAUCAUCAUGCGGCUCCGCUGGUGCACCAUCACAGUCAUGCUGCUGUGGUGCACAAGACCAUCUAUCCGGCCCACUUGGAUGUGCACAGCCAUGCCAAUCUGCUGUCCUUUGCCAAGCACCAUUUGCACGGUAAAUACGGCAAAGUGAAGAUCACCGAGACUCAUUACUGA